UUGAAUUAAUUGAAUGCCACGUAUACAAUUUCAAGAUACUCGCGGGUAUCGGCGCUUAUCGGCCGAUAUUGCCGAUACGUGUCGGUUUUGCAGGCAAGUAUAAAUUCUCGUGCCGAAGCUCGAGAGAAAAAGCAACCAUCUAUUCUGUACAUAACCACCAUGAGGCUUGCAAUCUAUACCAGCGCCCAAGACUACAUCAUCUCUCCAUCUCUCACCCCAUUCCUAUCUACCACCCACUAUCGAAACUGUCCAUCACUACCAACGCUUCCAUUUGCAAGUUCCAGAGCUGGGCCCUACUUCCAGCGGCUGGUUUUAACUCCUAACCUUUUAAGACAAGAGCCGAGCAGCAGCAGCAGCCGGGGUUGUGGAAGAUCGGUUCCGAAACCCAUUGCUUGCAUUGGAGAGACAGAUCCCGUCACCGCCGAUUCUCCUGCGAAGGCGCUUCGGAAGAUUCUAGAGUCGCCGGGCAUUUAUCAGGGGCCCGCUUGCUUUGACGCUCUCAGCGCCAAGCUUGUGGAGAGAGCAGGAUUCAAGUUCUGCUUCACGAGCGGAUUUUCAGUUUCAGCUGCUCAGCUGGGAUUACCAGAUGUUGGCCUCAUUUCCUAUGGGGAAAUGAUAAAUCAAGGAUAUCAGAUCACACAAGCUGUAUCCAUUCCCGUUAUUGGAGAUGGAGACAACGGAUAUGGAAAUCAUAUGAAUGUCAAGAGAACUGUCAAAGGGUUUAUUAAAGCUGGUUUUGCUGGGAUUAUUCUUGAAGACCAGAUAUCCCCAAAAGCCUGUGGCCAUACUCAAGGGAGAAAAGUGGUUUCCAGGGAGGAGGCUGUGAUGCGAAUAAAAGCAGCCAUUGAUGCUCGGAAGGAGAGUGGCUCUGACAUUGUUAUCAUUGCAAGGUCUGACUCUCGUCAAGCUGUAUCUUUAGAAGAAUCGCUUUGGAGAGCAAGGGCAUUUGCUGAUGCUGGAGCUGAUGUUCUUUUCAUUGAUGCACUUGCUUCAAAAGAAGAGAUGAAGGCCUUCUGUGAGAUUUCUCCUCUGCUUCCAAAAAUGGCUAACAUGCUUGAAGGUGGGGGGAAAACUCCAAUAUUUAACCCUAUUGAACUCGAGGAGAUUGGGUUUAAAAUUGUGAGCUAUCCACUUUCGUUGAUUGGGGUGUCCAUUCGAGCAAUGCAGGAUGCACUUACUGCCAUAAAAGGCGGACGUCUCCCUCCUCCUGGAAACUUGCCAUCUUUUGAAGAAAUCAAGGAAAUCUUAGGAUUCAAUGCCUAUUAUGAAGAAGAAAAGCGGUAUAUUGCCAGUUCCCACCAGCCAUCUUCUCAGACAGGUUAUUCACCAACAACCAGCAAUCUGCUUAAUACAUCACAGACCGCAUUUCAAGAUGAAUCGAAGGAAGAAGGUGAAAAUCCACAGGAUCCGGUUGUCGAAGUGGUAACCCCUUAUGUGUAUGAUGACUCCAACACAGACGGUUCAAAGGAUCCUUUCUCUGGGUUCUGGUCUCGCUCAUUGAGAGUGAAAAUCACGGGAAGGGAUGGAUUUGAGAAGCUUGAUGUCAGAAUCCCUGCUGGUUUCUUAGAAGGAUUUGUGAACGUAAUUCCAGGUUUAGGGGGUAUGAAUCUGAAGGCCAUGUUAGAUGAGGCAGUUGAGGAGAUUGGUGGUACUGGUAACUUUGAAAGAGGGAAAAGAUUGAUCGAUUUUAAUGAUAGGAUGGGUGACAGGAUUCAAGUCUUUUUGGAGUAAAAUCUUGUCACAGACUGUUCUCUCUUGAAUAAAACCUCCCUACAAACAGGAAAAUCUUCAGUCUGAGCUAUUUUUCUUCUUCUUCUUCUUUUCCCAUUAUAAGUUGAAUCUCGAAAUAUAUAGAUAGAUCAUAGAAGAAAUUGUCUCA